CACCUUGACGCUCAGGUACGGAGCAGGUAGACAACUCGACAGAAACGGACACUUUGUGUUGAGUUGAUACACGGGACGUUCAAAAAGGACUUCAAACCGGCAUGUUUAAUGCGUUUAAGACGACGGUAGUUCGGAAGUCAGUCGCUGGACGCAGCGUGUAAACUAUUCUGGGGUCAGUAAGUCAUGUCAGCCGGCAGCGUUGGCAGUCUGAAGCACAGCCAAGGGCCUGGCAGCUAUAGGCAUCGAACUAGCCGGAGCAGCAGCCAGAGGUCGUCCUAUGAGGAGCGCUGUGUUGACCCAGUGGAAGACAGGCUCCCCACCCCAGACCCAACGUUAGUCCACAAAGCUCACCUGAAAGAUGCCAGUGGGAAGGAGUGUGAGACCAUUGGCUUCAUUCCUGGCUCAGCUGACCCGUCCUCUGCGACACAAAGCUGCAAUCCCUGCUCUCCUCAAAGGGGCUGUAGGACCUUUGUGUGCAGCGUGCUCACCUGCGGCCUGUAUCGGGUCUGCCAGCGUUCCAUCCUCGCUCCGUGCCUGGCGCCAAACGAGAGCUCCCUAGACGAACCAGAGAAGGUGAGCCUCCAGUCUGUGAACCCAGAAGGCAACAAAGAGGAAGACGGUACAUACUGGCCAGGGGACGUCCGCAUCGCUGGAGUCAAAGUUGACAGUCCAAGAGAGUGCUUGGAAGUUGAAACUGAAUCUCCCACAUAUGGGCCUCCGUCUUGUGGUCAAACACAGCCCAGCCACCCGUCUCUGCAUGAGUCCAUGAUGUUCUAUGACUGGGAAGAUGGCGAGGAGGACGUGGACUCUCUGAUUACUAAGAAGCUGCUGGAGCUCUACUCUGAGUAUCAGAUCGAAGAGUUGGCCAGGUGCACCACAGACUCUGUGUUUCUGAAGAAGAGCAAGGCCAUCAACCACCUCAUCAACUCGCUGGCAGAGGAGCACAAAAUGGGUGAGCAGGAGGCGGAGUGCCGGCUGGUGCGCGGCAUCAUCCGCAUCAGCACUCGGAGGAGCACCAAGAGGAGGCCACACACCUCCAGGAGAGAGAGGACGCUGUCGGACAGCGGGAAUGAGACAAUGAGGGAGGGCGAUUCCUUUUCAUUAAGCAACAACAAUGAUUACAAAUCAAAUCCAAACAUCCAAAUAUCUGAACUGACCUCCUCGGACAAGUGUGCCAGAGAUAUGUGGAGGACCAAUGGAGGUCAUACUUCCAGUUGUCCAACAGCCUACUCGCCUUCUCACACUGAGACUAAUUCUUCAGGUGUCCCACUCAUUCUCACCUCUGUGAGAACAUGAUUCCUGCUCAACAAUGGCCGCCUACGCUUGAAUUAUUAUUUGUCCUGCUGUGUCCACAAGGUCACGUAUGGGACGUUGAAAGCCGACACUACUUGCACAGGAGCCUCUGGCUGAGCCGAGCUCUUUGUCUUCUCCCACAGGUCUCGGCCGUGGGAGAAGAAAAUGUGAAUAUUCAUAUUGUCUGAAGGACUUCAGUGAACUCAGGGCCCUGUGUGUCGAUAUUUAUGUUUGAUGAAUAUGAUGUGCGCGUUUGAAGGAUUGCUUGAUUUGAGAGCUCGUCCUGCAGGCAGAUAUCACCAGCUGCUCUUUAUGGCUCUUAUUGUGUCCCGUUUAACCGUCCAACUUGUCCUUGAAGAAGAGUUGUGUGUUCAUAAAAGAUGACUCAUUUUGGACGGUCAUAUUAUACUGCUGUUAUGCAAAGGACAUUUAGAUUUCGUUCUGUAAA